AUGAUCAAAAAAUAUACAUUAACAUUUAAUUCAUCUGAGCUUGAAUAAUCAUUUAAGCUAUGGGUUAUUGAUCAAAAUAAAAAAAUGUACGAAAUUACUUUGUCCAUAUUCUCAAUAUAUUUGAUACUCAACCUUAUAAAUUACACUUAGAACAUAAUAUACUUUAUUGCUACAUCAGUGACUCUCUGCAUUGAAUUAACCAUGCUUUUCUUUUUUCGAAGAUAUCCUAUGCAAAGAGAGUCCAUAAAGAGCUUAAAUAUGAUUGUCAUAAGUAUAUUAUUAGAUAUUUACAUAUGGCUAAUGCACGGAUAAAAUAUAUAUUUAGAAGUUGGAGCUGCUAGAUUAUGUAUAAUUUUUAUAUUAUCCACAAGGUCUCUAUUUAUAAGGUAACAUAUUUACUACAUAAUCAGUAAUAUUUGUGAUUAGUCAGGCUGCUGAAAUGUCAAUUCUUCAAUAAUAAGCGAUUCCAAUUAUUACAUAUAGCAUAUUUUGUAUUUACUUUAUCUUCCUUCGUUAUCAAAUAGAAAUGAAACGGCGCUAACAUUACUUAGCUUAUAGAUCAUAAAUCCUAUAUGAGAAUUUGAUAGAAGAAUAAUUGCCAGCAUGGGUAUUGUUGGUUAAAUAUGAUAAUAAAUAGGCUCAGUUAAAAAUGGACAAAAUAAAUAGGGUUAUGAAAGACACUUUUAACUUGAAUUCAGAUUAGAAGUUUAGAGAAUUUCUAAGAGAUUCUAAUAUUUAACCAUUAGAAGGUAUUAAUCAUAAAGCGUUUAAUUUCGAAGAUGAACUCAUUAAAGAUUUACUCUAAAAAUAACAAAACGACAAAAUUACUAAAUUUGUUGGAAGAUUUGUAGGUAAUGAUAAAAAGUGGCAAUUUUAAAUCACUAAAAUCUAUUUUAACACUCUAGAACCAACAAUAUUGUUAUUAUUUAUAGAAGAAGAUGAUGAUUUGUAUGAUUUUUUUACUCAUUAAUUAAAAUGGAGAGAUUAAUAAUUAGUUAAUCAUAGUAAAAUGUGUUUAAAGUAUAUCAAAGAUUAAAUUAAUCUAUUAAAAUUCCUCAAAUAAUAAGUAAAUGCAUAAUAGCUUUAUCAUAUCAAUAAUUAAAUUAGUAAUAGUUACAUAAUUUUCAAUUCAAGUUUGAACAUUUUUAAUAUCACUAAAAUUAUUUACAACAAAUUAAAAUAUAACAUCAACUAAUUCAACUUAUUAGAUGUAAUUAAUUAAUUAAAGGAUGAUUUAAAAUUCUCAAACAAAUAAUUAUUAUUUGAUUUAGAAUUGAAGACAGAUAGAUCUAAAAUGAUUUCAGUUAUUCUUAGUAUUUCAGAAUUUAUUAGAUUAAUGCUUGCAAUUAAUACAAAUGAUGAAAAAUAACUUUAUGAAAUUCAUCCAUAAGGUUUUCCAAUUUAAAUUAAAUUUAAAAGAGUUUACACUAAUCCGGGAUGUCUAUUAAUAAUAAUGAAACAUUAAUUAUUAAACAUUCCACUUUCAAUUCAAGAAUCUUUUUAAAAAGGGGCUUCUUUUACUGAUCAUAAAAAAAGAAACUGGGGUGUAAAUCAUUAUUACGAAAACAUUUAAAAUUUAAGUGAUGAAUUUCAUAAAAUUAAUAUUAGUACUCAUAAUUUAACAACAAACCAAAAACCUUAUCUUGAACUUGAUUUAAAUACAUAGUAAUAGCAAUAGAAAAUAGGUGUCAAUUUGGAUGGAAGUACUGAACCUUUCAGUACAUUAGGGCUUCCUUUAGCUUAAUAUUUAAUCUCUCAGAUUGGUCCUAAUAAUCAAAUCUAAUUUAAAGAUAAAUCAUUGAAACAUAUUCCUGAUCCAAUCUCUUUCAGAAAUGCUACUUCAAAAACGAAAAUCUAGUUUAAAAUAUAUGAGGAUUUAAAUUAAUUUAUAUUCCAAUUAAAUUAAUAAGAUCCAAAUCCUUAUUUAGACUUUUUCAUUUCUAGUAGCAGUUAGAAAAUUGGGUAUAAAACUUACUGUAGUGUGUCUCCACAAUAUCAUAGAAGGAGUGGAAUGACACCUUAACUAAUGGGUGGUAAACUUAAUUGA